ACCAUACUACUUACUAUAUCCAUAAGAUCCCCCCCCCCCUAUCUCGGCCGACGUUCUGUCCCCGGCGCGAGUCGAAUUCGACUCGCGGACCUUGAGCUUUGUUGGAGGGCGAGAUUGCAAAUUGCAACCCUCAAUCUUCAACUCGGGCUGAUCAAUGAAACUAAGGAAAAGGAAACCUCGUCAAACAGCAAACCAGCCAGCACAAAAGCAGCCAGCAAAAAAGCAGCCAGCAAAAAAGCAGCCAGCAAAAAAGCAGGCAAAUCCUACCGGGGGGACCGCGAAUACCGCGAUGGCCCAGCCCCCCCAUGAUCCGCUGCAGGAUGCAUUACCCGGGAAUCCAGCCGACGUGACCAGCUUCUUGUCAACCAUAGACGCUGACCCUGAGACGGAAGAGCUUCAAUUAGCCGCUUAUCUGGGAUUUGGUACCCGCCGCGACCUGCGAUACUUUGCAAUUUCUUGGCCGGUCUUGGACUGCCUGAGGAUCUUCUUCACGCUUUUUCCUGCGGAGCUUACGUGGCUGAAUACCAGGUACCUUAACUAUAUGAUCGGGGUCCUUACGAUGUUUGGGCCUUUGACCCCGGACUGCUGCAACUUAAUCAGACGACAACGUAUAUGCACAUUGCAUAUUUUCUGGAAAUAAUGCUCCAGCAAAUCAAAGACCAAAGUCUUCGCCGAAUUGGGCCGUCGGGUGCCCCCAUUGAGUUGCGAGAUACCCCCCAGACUGUACACUCCAGCUUCCGGAGAAACUUGUGAUGAGGGAUUCAAUCGGUGCUGCAA